CGCUUCUUCUUUGGAAAAUGGCAAAUUAUCCUAAACAUGAGCUGAGAGUCAAGUUUUCUGGAUUGAAAUCAGAUUAAACGUGUUUCUUUUUUAAUAUUUAGUACACAUGUUAGGAUUAUUUUUGCUACUACCAGCUUCUCCAACUUGUGUGUGAGCUGAUUUCCAAAGGAGGGCAGCAGAGAGCCUCAGUUCCGUGGAACAUAUCACGUGAUUUCCUGGGCCUAAAAUCACAGGACAUGGCUGUACACACAAAAUUGUUGCAGUUCUGUGCUUUAACGCCGACUCUUCAGCUCAUUUCUAUCACCAGUGUUACUUUUCUGGUUUCCUGAGCCUCCUGCAGCGUACAUCUGUUGCCUGACAGUCUCAGUAGGUUGAGGAUAUUUCAGUCAUGGCCAAGAGUCCUGGUCUGGCACGCCGUGGCUGCCUGAGUCCUGAGGGGAUCCUGAGAGAGAUCCAGAUCAACCUGCUGGAGUGUAAAGUCUGCUUCGAGAUGUUCAAUCCUCAACAGAGGGAGCGCAGGCCGCAGAACCUUUCCUGUGGCCAUGUUCUGUGUCUGGAAUGCAUCACGGCUUUGUCCCACCCUCUCCUCAGGAAGCUGGAGUGCCCGUUCUGUCGGCAGCUGUGCAGUGUUGACAGCACCUCCCACUGCCAGGUUCUUACUGACCUGCAGGAGCUUCUGUUGUCUCGGGUUCCUCCUCCACCUCCUCCUCACAGGUCAAGAGGAGGGUUUAUGUUGGCUACAGGUCCGACAUGCACACCUCUGCACCUCCAUGCUGCUUUUGGUGGAUGGGGGACUCUUAUAAACCCCACUGGGAUUGCAGUUUUGGGGUCUUCUGGGUCGAUAGUCGUGGUGCACGAUGGAGAAAAAAGAGUGGUGGUGUUUAAUCUACAGGGGAGGAAGCUGCAGAGUUUUGGGCGAAAAGGAAAAACCAACGGGGAGAUCUGUUACCCGAUAGAUGUGGCAGUGACUCCCAGUGGGUAUGUGGUGGUGACGGAUGCAGGGGAUAGAGCUGUGAAGGUUUUCACCUCCAGGGGCAAUCAUGUCUUGACCGUGAAGGAUUCCUUCCAGCUGCCCUGGGGUGUGGACACUGACAGCUGUGGGCAGAUUCUGGUCUCAGACGUCCAGGCCGGCACACUGUCCCAGGUGAAAGUGGACUACAAUCAUGGCGUCAUUCUGGAGCAUCAAGCACCCAUUUCGGAUCUUGAGUGUCCCAAAGCCGUGGCCUGCUGUCAGCUAACUGGGAACACAGCGGUGAUGGAGCAUGGAGCAAGAGAGCGGCACCAAUACAGAAGGCUGAGAGUGUUUUCUAAAGACUUCCACCUCCUUUACCAGACUGACAGUUUCAGCUUGGCCCUUCAGUCUCCGAUGAAGCUGAACAUGUCAGGAGUCGCGUUCGACAGAGAUGGAGAUGUGAUUGUGAUUGAUUCUAACCAGGGGAUGAUUUGUAGUUUGGGGAAGCUCCAGAAUGGCCCAGUUUUAACUCCACUUAUAGCAGAUCAUCUUAUCCGCCCCGUUGGUUUGGUGCUACUGAACAACACGCUCAUCACCCUGGACAGUGGAGAUCAUACAGUGAAGAUUUAUUCUGCUACAUCUGACACUGGAUCACUGAUGUAGAUUAUGCAUGAGCAAAUACAAAGCUAGAGUAGAUUAAUAGGUGAUAUUUACUAUAUAUUUCUGAGUUUCUUGAUUUUUAAAUGUAAGUUUAGUUUUACAUAAAAUGUGAAAAGUGAAAUGAAAACACUGGUUUAGUUUAUAAAUGCCAAGAUAACAGACGCCAGAUUGUAUUUUUGUUAUGCAGAUAGUAAAGUUAGUGUAUAGAUAAUAUUGUGUUAAGCCUUCAAUCAUGUCAUAUGUCCCAAUGUCUGAAAAUGAAACAUUAUUUAAUAAAACUACAAUACAAAGGU